AUGGGUGGAGACAAAGGCAAGAAUGACAAGGGAAAGCCUCGUUCGAAGCUGGAAAUGACUCCUGAAAAGUGCUUUGAUCCUUGUCAAAUUGAUGCGAGCGAGUCGCAGGCACAAUCCAAACUUCCCGACAGAAAGGAUGAGAUUUCUUCUCGUCCUAUGUCAAACGGGGCACAUAAACAAAGCAAAUCGACUCCUCGGUCGAAACCUGAUGAACUUUUAGACGGAGGGCGAGGCUGUCACAUCCCUAAAGAAGUUUUUUCGAGCUUGUACUCUCUUCAUUCGUACACGCCGCACAUGGGCAUUCUGUUGGAAAAACGACAGUCGAAGCGAAUAGGACAGAGAAGGGAUAUCUACGUCGAGAGUUACCGUCUAAGCUACAAUUUUUCAGAGGAUGGACUCCUUGCUAUGAUCUUGGAAAUCCUGGCAGAGGGGAAACUAUCGAUUGCAGGAUGGUUCUUGGUUGUUAAAUCCGCCCCAGAAGAUCUUAGCAGACUUGGUGACGCGAUCUCCACCAGCAUGUUCAACACGAUAAGCUCUGUCCUUACUACCGCUAAUCUGACCUACAAUCUCUCCAAAGGGAUCUGUACAGAUGCGGAACAACUGGCUUGCAAUACCGUGGAUAUGCUCACCAGCCUGUUGGGAUUGAUCGUGGUUAAGAUAGAAAGCGAAGACACUCUUCGAUUCAGAUCAUUUUGUUUGAGGACCCCGUGCGAUUGUCCGCAUUAUAUUCAGAACAUUCGACAGCGGAUUAAUCGAAUGAAAUCUUCCAAACAAUGUAAUGGGUACGCGGGUGAUAGUGUGCUAUCAUCCGAGCCCGUCGAUGACUCACCAGGCAGAGCUGUAGAAGAGCACCGUGCCAAAGACUCUGAAGUCGUCGUGCUGUCAGAUGACGAAGACAAGUACGAGACAGAGGACGACGAUGAAGCGAAAUCAGCCAGACAGGAGGAUGGGGCUGGAUCGGAUUCUGACAAGUCUUGUCAUAUCGACCCUUCUGAAACAGUGAUGGAUAUAAAUCACGCGAAAAACCUUCCCGAACAGGACGCUGAAAAUGCUUGUGAGGUAGGUGUACUCCGGAAGAGUUCCAGAAACAAGCAGAAAGCUGCUUGUGGUGUGGUUUCAGAUCCAACGUGCAACUGCUGCCGACAUUUUGAAUCGGGGUCGGACAUGAUCAUGCUGAAAUGCCAUGUAAGGAUAUUGCCAGGGACAACAGCACAGAUUUUCAACGAUAGAAAUUCCUUGAUGCAAUCUAUUAGAAAUCAUUAUUCAGAAUUGGAGGAUAUCAAUUCUUUGAUCGCUUCAAUUAAUCAAAAGCUUGACAUGAAGAAGACUUUGGAUGUGGCGAAAAAUUCAUUCAUGGAUCAGUUGGAGGUCUAUCAGAAUGCAUGUACAAAUGUUCAAAAACUGAUUUCCUCCGGUUUGCUUAGACAUGUUCAGAGUGCAGUGCGUGAACAUCAGAUCAGAAGUUCUCUAACAUCACAGUCGGAUUCCACAAAUUGCGAUUUGAACAGCAAAACGCACUUUUUGGUCGAUAAUGGUGUAAUGGUCACUGUCAUGGAUCUCGUAUUGAAUGAUGUCUGCAACGAAAGCAUAGGCUUCUUGUACGGAAUGAGAGAAGACAAGAAGGUCCAUAUCAAGUCCUGCAGAUUACAGGAAAGAGAUAUCUCAAGUCUUAGUCGGAAUACUGUUCAUUUGAAGCCAGAAUGGCAGCAUACAACCAAGUAUGCGGGUUUUGAAGUGGUUGGAUGGUUUCAUAGCCAUCUAUGCGAUAACCCUUCGCCAAGCUCAGAGGAUUGGGAAAUGCAUGAAAUGCUUGAAACAGAGUUCGAUCGUCCACUGAUAGGCAUGAUCUGCUGCUUGACAAUAGAUCAGUGCUCACUGGCAUUUGAAAGUACAGAAGUUGCCUUCUCCUUGUUUCACAGCGAGAGAACGAGAUACGUAGAGUGGUCGGUGGUCGAAGAGUUGUACACAUCACCGUCUCUCAUCCGAGCAAAGUGGGAUGCGCUUGAAGGAAGCUUCGACGAAAAUCAGGCUGUGUUUGAAGACGUCAUGAGUGAGGCACAUGGGAACACGCGCACUCCAUAUCUCCGAUGGAUACAAUACUUGGAAGAUUUCCAAAGUUCGAUUCGACUGAUGAAUCAACAAGUCCAGCAGCUUGUUUCGAACAUCAAGGUUCAGAUGCUAUAUUUGGGGAGAAUUACACAGGAUGAAAACUGCAUGAAAUUGGGCGAGACAAAAAUCAAAACUCUAAUGUGGGACAAUCACGCUCUCCCAACAGUCUUCUGCGUCAAGACGUUUCCUCGCCCGGAUUCGAAGAGUUUGGCAACAUCGAUAUCUCCAGAACCUGAGAAGCAGCAACAUGUUGAAGAGGUUAAAGAAGAACAACCUGAAACUUCGCCUGUUGGCAGGGCGGAAAUCUCGCCUGUCCGCAGGGAGAAUCCUUCUCCUCGACGACCGUUCACGACGGAAAAGUUCAACGGUGGAGGGGCCUUUGCUAGCACGAUGUCAGCAAAUUCGAGAGCGAAGAAGGACGUGCCAGUGAGGGAGCGUGAGUUUGAUACGAGAUCAAACGGAGAGUUGCAUCAAUCCUUAGUUCAUGACGACGAUACAGAUGAUUUUGAAGAUCCUCCUUCUAAGAAACCGAAAUCCGGGUCAAGGCGAAGAAGUUGA